AUGGAAAUUUCGAAAAAAGCUCAUAAUCUUGAGAAAUUCCCAAUCCAAUUGUCUAGUCUUUCCGUCAGUGUUUUGCAAACGAUGACUUUCCGUGUGGUCGUUUUUCUUCUUCUCUGGCAGGUUGUGGCCCCAAAGAAUGAACAACCCAGCACUUUUUUAGUGGACAAAUGUGACCCAGGCAUGAUUUGCCACGAGCUGGGUGUGGACAGUUUUCAGGACUACGCGGUCGAAUUCGUAUGGUAAGACUUUGGGUUGAAAAGUUAGCCGCCGUUUUUAUGGUUUACAUUUUUUCUGGCGAAAGUUUCUUAUUCCGGCCACAACGAAUGCAGAGGCGGGGCCAAUAAGCUAUCUGAAAGUUUGCUGAAAAUAAAAGGGCACAGGAAGACUUUUGAAGCUCAUUUGGUUCCAAUACGGAAGCAAAGGUUCAGUUCCGCGCAUAUUUCAUCGUAUAAAACGACAUCACAGUCUGCAGCCGUUUUUCAAGGGUAACUCGAAGUAAGAGGUGCCUAACUAAGUAAAUCCAAAGUCCUUGCGCUUAGAAUGGUAGACUAAACCAGCGUUCCAAAUUUCGGGCAAUACUGACUACUGACUAUUUUCCCCGAAGUCAUACGUUGAAGCCAGAAUAAGGAACUUUUAACUUUUUUUGAUCUCCUACUUGUUGGAUAAGCCGCUUGAUCUUUCAAAAAAAAAGAUUAUUUCGGUGUGAAAAAAGUCGGACGUCUUCCAUUGUAAUUCAAAUUCCCUUUUUUUAUGAGCAUUAUACAUUUUAGGGUGCCUGACGGACGCACUGCGAAGUAUGACUUCGUCCAAUGUAAGUCCAAAAAGCAAAUUUCCCCAACUUUUCAGGGAAGAAUCUAAAAGUGACGGAGCGGUUGACGCAAGGAGAUGAUUGGUACACCUAUGCGGAGAGCCGUACCGUAUGCCGUCAUCCGAUCCCAGGCGCCGACAACAAAAUGUUUAUAGAGUUUAGUUCCGAGCGCGUCGAAGUCAUCAAGUUUUACGAGGAGGGAAAGCAUCUGGCUGAAGACAAAAGAGGAAACAAGGUGUUCCGCAUCAUGAGCGAUUUCAUACGGGUAGGUGUCUCAAAACGGGCGAUGUUUUGGAUUUUUUGCGUAAAGAAGCCAAUCUUCUUUGAAUGUUAUAAAUUUCGUAUUUCCAGCACCAACACAUCAGCGUGGACAACGUAAAACAUUCGGUCAUCUACAACAGUUGGAUCUUUGUAAACGCCACCCAUGCCAUAGAUUUGAAAAGAUACAUGUACUUCGACCCGGCGGAAAGUUACAAACUGCGUACACGCGACAGGGUCGGACGUGAUCGUCCUGGUCGAAUUGAUGUACCUUAUUGGAGGUAGGAGUGAAAGAAAUUGUGACUUUUUUAAAAACUUUUUAGCUAUGGAAUGGAGCACGUUCACUCGAUUCCGAAUGAGGACAUCCCCAUCGAAUUUGUGGACAUGAUCACGAGGAACUGCUUCGUAAGUUUGGGAAAAUUUUAAAAAAUUUUCUGUUAACCCUUUCCGGACGAGUCGGCACGUAUAUAUUAAAAUGAAACAGGGUACCCUACUGAGUAACGGCAUAAUAGUGGUUCAGCCCAUCGAAGCGUUAUUUGGGACUUAUGACAAAAAAUGUCCUAAAAAGUACCCCUACUUGACAUAUCACUUUUAAAAUUUUUGCGACAAGCUGUAAAUCGGAAACUACCCCUAAAUUAAAGUCGAGGAGUCCUAGUAUUGUUACAUCCAAGAACUGUCCAAAUCGGAGCACCAUAGGAUUUGUUAUCGAUUUUUGGAAAUUGAGUUUUUAAUUUUGGUCAACUUUGGGCCUAAAAUCAAGUAUAUCUUCCGCGGGUAUCAACCAUUUCGGUCCAAAUGUGGUUUUUCCGAAUCUAUUGUGAUGCUAGCUUCUUACUAGAAUAUUUCCACAAAAAACCUAUGAGGCAUAUUUCUGUAAAACGCGGAAAUGUUGAAAGUGUAAAGGUUUGAUCGUAUAAAAUAUCGCCGCGAGCCGCGAAGGGACGGGCGCAGCUCGAAACGAGAAAAUAUUUUAAGAUUUUUCGAGAAGUUUGAUUUUAGCGUGAAACCAAAUUAAACUCGAUUGAAAUUGCCUGAAAACAGAGUAAAAAUAUAAAAAUGACAUUUAGGUUAUGUUUGCGUGCUAUUUCUGCCUGUAUUUCGUGUUGAAAUCAGCUUUUCGACACCAAAAUAAUAUUUCUCGAAGAAAAAAUUAUUAUUUUUCGUUUCGAGCUGCGCCCGUCCCUUCGCGGCUCGCGGCGACAUUUUAUACGACCAAACCUUUACGUUUUCAACAUUUCCGCGUUUUACAGAAAUAUGCCUCAUAGGUUUUUUCUGGAAAUAUUGUAGUCAGAAGGUAGCAUCACAAUAGAUUCGGAAAAACCACAUUUGGACCGAAAUGGUUGAUACCGGCGGAAGAUAUACUUGAUUUUAUGUCCAAAAUUGACCAAAAUUAAAAAUUCAAUUUCCAAAAAUCGAUAACAAAUCCUAUGGUGCUCCGAUUUGGACAGUUCUUGGAUGUAACAAUACUAGGACUCCUCGACUUUAAUUUAGGGGUAGUUUCCGAUUUACAGCUUGUCGCAAAAAUUUUAAAAGUGAUAUGUCAAGUGGGGGUACUUUUAAGGACAUUUUUUGUCAUAAGUCCCAAAUAACGCUUCGAUGGGCUGAACCACUAUUAUGCCGUUACUCAGUAGGGUACCCUCUUUCAUUUUAAUAUAUACGUGCCGACUCGUCCGGAAAGGGUUAAAAUUCCUCGAAAUCUGUAUGGUAAUUUCAGGGAAAUCCGAACAGAUAUUGCGCAAUUGAUCCCAGAGAUGGCACUAUUCACUACACCCCGUAUCCGGCCGUUUUGCGAAUGGGAGAUUUCAUCAUGGAACAGCGAUGGCAGGAGGUUCUCAAUGAUUUUGUCCCGGUUUAUCGAUUCCAUCACCUUCACAUGCCCGAAAAGUAAGGAAUUUGCGGUUUUUCGGGAUUUUGGGUAUCAAAUCAUGGGAAAUGUUCGAAACUUGAAGCUCAGUUUUUGGCAAAGUUUGUCACAAAUUCAGUUUUCAUUUUUGUAAAGCAUAUACAGAUUUUUAGUUUGCGCUUUGCAGAGACGGCCGAGAUCUUUUGUCCGAAAGUUGGCAAAAAUUAUUACUACUUGGGGUAAAAUAAUUUUUAAUUUUCGCGGAAAUAAUAUCCCACAAAUAUUUUUUGCAUACAAAUCUAAAAACCCCCAACAGAAAAAAACUUACCAACAUUGCGAAAACAUCAAUUUCUACAUGGAAUCGAAGCCAAAAACGUUGCGAAGAGAGACGCCAAAAAGAAACUACCGUAUCCUGAAUUUGUUUGUUUUCGUGCCGGGACGCAAAACUAAGCUUGGCGAGAAGCGACAAACGAUGUUUUAAAAUAGCAACAGUUAACUUGGGGGAAUGUAGAAGUCAACAAGAAGUAGGUUGCACAAAAUUCAGGUGAAACCUGAGCGUUGCACUUUCAACACCGGCCGUUCUAACCUUUGUAAUUUUUUUGUGUUUUCAGCGAAGUCUUUUACUAUUCCGAUGUAAAACAGCUGUUCUCCGAACUAUUGAAGCACGGCAAGCCAAAUGACCCCCAUAUGUAAGUUUCUUUUUAAAUCUUCACAGAAAAAUGAAAAAUUUUUUAGGGAUCGUCGUUGGUUCCGCGGAGUGAUGCCUCAGCCCAAAGAGGGCGACAAAAUUUUUGAGCUGAUGAUGCAAAGAACAACCACUACGCCGCCUCCUAUCCAGCCCACUACUCCACCAACGUCCACCUUGAAACCUCUUCCUCCAGACGCAUAUAAGCCGAUUGAAUAUCCGUCCAUCGAUGAAAUGGAAGAAGAACCAAUGCCAACGCCAGAAAUUGCAAGUGAAUUAAUGCCAAUGCCAGAAUUUGAAAGAGAUGUUGCUUCGGAUCUUGUCAGAAACACUGUGGCAAUUCUGUUGGCCGUUUUUAUGAUUACCGUGUAA